AUGAACAAGAGCAAGACGGCAACCGAAGUGUGCAAGGCGUUACAAACGGUGUUUGCUAGAUUCAGAAUACCGGAAAGAGUAGUAUCAGACAAUGGUCCUCCGUUCAACAGUGCUGAGUAUGUGUUCUUUGCAAGUGAGUGGGGCUUCGAGAUCGAGAAUAGUAGUCCGAAAUAUCCACAGUCGAACGGGGAAGCAGAACGAGCUGUUCAGACAAUCAAGAAGCUGAUAAAGAAAGAAAAAGAUCGCAAUAAGGUAUUAUUGGCGUAGAGUUCAGUGCCAUUAGCGUACGGAGUUUCGCCUGCUGAACUACUGAUGGGAAGAAAACAACGCACCAUGGUUCCAACCUUCCACACUCUUUUGGAUCCAAAAUCUGUUGAUGUUCAUGUGUUGAUGUUCAUGUGUUGAUGUUCAAAACUUGACAGAAAGAAGAUGCUAGCAAGUUAAAGCAAAAACAGUAUUUUGAGCGUAGACAUCUUGCCAAACAAUUACAACCCUUUUAA